UAGAAAGGAGGACGAGGCGGCGCGCCUCCUAGACGCAGAGUAGCUUGUGAUUGGCUCGGGCUGCGGAACCUCGGAAACCCGAAUGCGAGGACCUUACAGCUGCCGCCCCCCGCAGCAAGGCAGAGCGCGGUCAUAGUCUGACUGGCGGCGGCGACAGAGGCGGCCCUGGAGGCAGCGGGGAGUGACAGGUAAACAGAACAUUUUUCCCAAAGAAAAUGACAUAAUUUGGGAGGAAAAAUAAAUUUCUGCAGCUUUUUACUUUACAAUAUUUAAGAAAAUCUACAAUUUCUUCAAGCAAAGGAAGCAGUCAUGUUUCAUGAGUCCUCAAAACUGUGAAACAAGAGAAUGUAGUAGAGUGAGGCCAGAAGUCCUUACUGGUUCAAAGAACACCGGGGAAACUGGGAUAAAACAUUUUACAUUAUAAGUAGAAUCCCAAGAGCCAAAGUUGAAUACAAGUUUAUCUGCAGAGCUCCGCUGCAGGGCUGAUCUGGGUCUGGAAGAAAUGGAUGAGAGCCACUGGAUGAAAGUCACUAAUACUAGACAUCUGAGUCCUCUAGUAAUGUAUAAAUAUCCCAACUAUUUUCUGUUGUCAUCUUCUUCUUUCCUUUUUUCUGACUGGAACCUCAGUGCUGCAGCUUUGUUCUCUUGCUUGUUUCUAUCAUUUCUCAAUAGCUCAUCAUCCUAACCAUUUUCCAUUAUCUUUGCUUUAUUUACUUCCACCUUCCCUACUUUUAUUAUUUAUGGUUGUCACUUACAGCAUCUAAUCAAGGUUGGGGGGGUGUCUGUUUGUUUAUUUCUUUUUUAAUGAGCUUUGCAUACCUGGUUGAGAAGCAUAUUUUCUAUUGCAUUUUUAUCAAAACCAAGGAUUGGAGCUAAAUGUAUUUGAACUAUUUUUAAACCAUUCUUUUUACAGAUAUUUGUGAAUGAACACUGCUAAGUAUGGAUUCAGGUGUUGGAAGUCUUGGAUUGCACACAGCAGACUCUAGAAUGGCCCAUACCAUGAUUAUGCAAGAUUUUGUGGCUGGAAUGGCUGGCACUGCACAUAUCGAUGGAGACCAUAUUGUUGUGUCAGUUCCUGAAGCUGUAUUAGUUUCUGAUGUGGUCACAGAUGAUGGGAUAACUCUUGACCAUGGCCUUGCAGCUGAAGUUGUCCAUGGGCCUGAUAUCAUUACAGAGACUGAUGUAGUAACAGAAGGUGUCAUUGUUCCUGAAGCUGUGCUUGAAGCAGACGUUGCAAUGGAAGAAGAUUUAGAUGAAGAUGAUGGGGAUCACAUCUUGACUUCUGAAUUAAUUGCAGAAACUGUUAGGGUACCUGAGCAGGUUUUUGUGGCUGAUCUUGUUACUGGUCCUGAUGGACAUCUGGAACAUGUGGUUCAAGAUUGUGUUUCAGGAGUUGACUCUCCCACAAUGGUAUCAGAGGAGGUUCUUGUAACCAAUUCAGAUACUGAAACUGUGAUUCAAGCAGCUGGUGGUGUUCCUGGCUCUACAGUUACCAUAAAAACUGAAGAUGAUGAUGAUGAUGACAAUGACAUCGAUGUUGAUGUCAAGAGCACUUCUGAAGAUUACUUAAUGAUAUCUUUGGAUGAUGUUGGAGAGAAAUUAGAGCACAUGGGGAACACACCGUUAAAAAUUGGCAGUGAUGGUUCACAGGAAGAUGUUAAGGAAGAUGGCUUUGGUUCUGAAGUGAUCAAAGUGUAUAUAUUCAAAGCAGAGGCUGAAGAUGAUGUUGAAAUAGGUGGAACAGAAAUUGUCACAGAGAGUGAGUAUACCAGUGGACAUUCUGUAGCUGGAGUGCUUGACCAGAGCCGAAUGCAGCGAGAGAAAAUGGUUUACAUGGCAGUUAAAGAUUCUUCUCAAGAAGAGGAUGAAAUCAGAGAUGAAAGAAGAGUUUCCCGAAGGUAUGAAGAUUGCCAAGCAUCAGCAAAUACUUUGGACUCUACAUUAGAAAACAGAAGCAGUACAACAGCACAGUACCUUCAAAUUUGUGACAGCAUUAAUACUAAUAAAGUACUUAAGCAAAAAGUCAAGAAGAGGAGAAGAGGAGAAACAAGGCAGUGGCAAACAGCUGUUAUAAUAGGUCCUGAUGGACAGCCCCUGACAGUAUACCCUUGCCAUAUUUGCACAAAAAAGUUUAAAUCCAGAGGAUUCUUAAAAAGACACAUGAAGAAUCAUCCCGAUCAUUUGAUGAGAAAAAAGUACCAGUGUACAGAUUGUGACUUUACAACUAACAAGAAAGUGAGUUUCCAUAACCACUUAGAAAGCCAUAAGCUUAUAAACAAAGUUGACAAAACCCAUGAAUUUACAGAGUAUACACGAAGAUACAGAGAGGCUAGUCCACUGAGCUCAAACAAACUUAUCCUAAGAGACAAGGAGCCGAAGAUGCAUAAGUGCAAAUACUGUGACUAUGAAACUGCUGAACAAGGUCUGCUGAACAGACAUUUGUUGGCUGUUCACAGCAAGAAUUUUCCUCAUGUUUGUGUUGAGUGUGGAAAAGGUUUUCGCCAUCCUUCUGAACUCAAGAAACAUAUGAGAACCCAUACUGGUGAGAAGCCAUAUCAGUGUCAGUAUUGUGUCUUCAGGUGUGCAGACCAAUCAAAUCUGAAAACUCACAUUAAGUCAAAGCAUGGUAACAAUUUGCCAUAUAAAUGUGAGCACUGUCCUCAAGCCUUUGGUGAUGAGAGGGAGCUUCAACGUCAUCUGGAUUUGUUUCAAGGACAUAAAACACACCAGUGUCCUCACUGUGAACAUAAGAGCACCAACUCAAGUGACCUUAAGAGGCACAUCAUAUCUGUCCAUACGAAGGAUUUUCCUCACAAAUGUGAUGUCUGUGAUAAAGGUUUCCACCGCCCUUCAGAGCUUAAAAAACACAGUGAUAUUCACAAGGGGAGGAAGAUUCAUCAGUGUAGGCACUGUGACUUUAAAACAUCGGAUCCAUUUAUUCUUAGUGGCCAUAUCCUUUCCGUUCAUACCAAGGAUCAGUCAUUGAAGUGUAAAAGGUGUAAGAGAGGGUUCAGACAGCAGAAUGAACUCAAAAAGCAUAUGAAGACCCAUACUGGAAGAAAGAUUUACCAGUGUGAGUAUUGUGAGUACAGCACUACAGAUGCAUCUGGCUUUAAAAGGCAUGUGAUAUCAAUCCAUACAAAAGACUAUCCACACAGGUGUGAAUUCUGCAAGAAGGGAUUCCGAAGACCAUCAGAAAAAAAUCAGCAUAUUAUGAGACACCACAAGGAGGCUCUUAUGUAAUAAGAUCAACAUAAAAAAGCUAUUUAGAAAAUGAAAUAUACUACUUGGGAAGGAAGUAUCAUUUUUUCAUCUGGUUUGUAACCUUGAUAUCAAACCAUAACUUUACAUUCUUUGUAUUAAAUAUCUUAAAAUAUUUGGAUUAACGGGAAUCACAUAGCCCUUUGGAAGUUACUUAAUGAAUUUCAGAAGCACCAUAGAAAGGUUGCAGAAAGACUUAAGUGUCUACUUACUAGCAUUAUAUGCAUAACUAAACUGCAGAGGGGAAAUGCAGAGACAAGUACCUUAUUUGGUUGAUCGCAUUAAGGCAGAUGUUUCUGAAAAGAGAGUACAUGAUUGAGGGAUUUAAAAUUGCAGUGCUUUGCUCUAGCCAGCAAGCCUCAUUUUACGCAAUUUUAGAAAUAGGUUGGGAAAAGACAAUGCAGUCAUCCAUUGGUCACUUAGUCAUUGAGCCUUUUUAUUGUACCUAGACAUUGAAUUUCAGAAUUGUGAAAGCUUUGUGUAUUCAUUAAAAGAAUUCUCACUGGAAAAAGUUACAUGAAUCCAGUGCUAUUAACUAAAAAAUAAUCUCAGUGCUGCUAAUAUUUUAUCACAGGAUAGGAUGUUUAGCAUUCUGUACUGAAAGCUGAGGUGAAAUCUAAGGACUGAAGUUCCCUUUUUCACAUGUUCAAGUAUUCAGUAUGGCAUAUAUAACACAAGUAUAUUUGAGUCUUGAGUCAAAUGCGGCUUUCUAAAAUGGAUGCAACUGUGGUGUUGCAAAAAAAAAAAUCAGUACAAUAUGCUUAAUGAUCUAAAAGUUAAGUUGAGAGAACACAGUUUUCUUAAAUAUUAUAUAGUUUUUUUUAGGACAGUCUUAGCAAGUAUGGUUGUUCUAGUCUUACUUGCUCUAAUGUUUAAAGGUGCAAUUUUAUGCCAUUAUUGAAAUUUUUUGAUUUUUAACAUCAGUAUACCAUAUUAUUAACAUAAAUCUUAAGUAUGAGGCAGUAUUUACACAGUAUUUAACAGAACAUGCUGCCAAUAGAGUUUGGAGGUGGAUAUUCAGUUUACAGUGUAUAAACUUAAAAUAUGCAUCCUUUUAACAACGCUUUGUGUUAGCAUGCUGCAAAUCAAAAUGAUGCUUAAUAUUAAAUGCUGGUUUAGGGAAAUUUAAUGAAAAUCCUGUUCAUAAAUGUAAUGCAUAUGGUGUGUGCUUUUAAAUUAUAGUUGCUUUCAUUUAGUUUACAUUCAGCUGUUCAACAUAAUUAAAAUGUACUUUUAGUUCAUGUUAUAUUGUGAGUUUGUGUUUUAAAUGAUAUUCACUUUUCUGUUUUUGCACCAAAUAAGAAUCAGUAACUUGAAAUUUUUUUAAUCUUUCUUAACUUCAGAAUAUUGAAUUGGAAAAAACUACCAAAAUGUGUGUUACGUGGCUGUAAAUGAUGUACACGCUGUAAAAUAAGAACGUCACUGUUAUGUGGAAUUAUAAUUUCUAAAUGUUACUCAGUGAAAUGAGCAUACAAUA